GCGCAGAGGGCCGAGUCCUCUGACAGAUUCUCGGUGGCGGCGGCAGCGGCGGCGGCCCUGGACUGCGGGGAAUGGGACUGCUAGGUUUCUGACUGAGCACCGCCCCCGCCUCCCUGCCCCCGACAUGGCUCAGGAGAAGAUGGAGCUAGACCUGGAGCUGCCUCCGGGUACGGGCGGGAGCCCGGCGGAGGGCGGCGGCAGUGGCGGCGGCGGGGGCCUCAGGAGGUCUAACAGCGCCCCCCUGAUCCACGGCCUCAGUGACACUUCGCCGGUGUUCCAGGCCGAGGCGCCGAGCGCCAGGCGGAACAGCACGACGUUCCCGAACCGCCACGGCCUGCUGCUGCCGGCCUCCCCCGUCCGCAUGCACAGCAGCCGCUUGCACCAGAUCAAACAGGAGGAGGGCAUGGACUUGAUCAACCGAGAGACGGUCCACGAGCGCGAGGUGCAGAACGCAAUGCAGAUAAGCCACUCCUGGGAGGAAAGUUUCAGCCUGAGUGACAACGAUGUGGAGAAAUCCGCCUCGCCGAAGCGCAUCGAUUUCAUUCCGGUGUCACCAGCGCCGUCACCCACCCGGGGAAUUGGGAAGCAGUGUUUUUCACCAUCCUUGCAAAGUUUUGUGAGUAGCAAUGGAUUGCCUCCAAGUCCUAUUCCCAGUCCAACGACCCGAUUUACUACCCGGAGAAGCCAGAGUCCCAUUAAUUGCAUUAGACCAAGUGUUCUUGGACCAUUGAAAAGAAAAUGUGAAAUGGAAACUGAAUAUCAGCCAAAGAGAUUUUUCCAGGGCAUCACCAACAUGCUUUCUUCUGACGUUGCACAGCUGUCAGAUCCUGGUGUGUGUGUAUCUUCAGAUACCCUUGAUGGAAACAGCAGCAGUGCCGGAUCUUCUUGUAACUCACCAGCGAAAGUCAGCACUACCACCGACUCUCCUGUGUCGCCUGCCCAAGCGGCCUCUCCAUUUAUUCCAGUAGAUGAACUUUCGUCUAAGUGAUUUCGCCCACCCAUCCUGUGACUCUGUUGCUUUUGCAAUGGAGAGAAAAAUCAAGUUGGAGCAAGCACUGAACUUUGUCGAUUAAUUUGAGGCUAUUUCCUAUUUUACCCUUUUCCUUUUUUGGAAUUUCCUGAAAUGUUGUUGUUGUAGAGAACUUUUAUGUCAGGUUCCUGCGGAUGCCCUUGAAUUCAGUGUAGUAAUAUUUUCAGACAUUUUCCCAAUAAGUGUGUUAAAGCAUACAUCUUUACGCUGCUAAUGUGUCUAAAUACAUAUGUUAUCCCUUGAUUUUUUAAAAUAAUUGAGAGCUCUAUUUAUUUAUGGGAUUAUUAAGUUCUGAUGCAAAUAUAAAUGUUGAAUUAAUCAGCAUAGUAAACUGAUGUUUUAAAAUUCCAUACUUCAUGCCCACACUAAUUUUUAAUGUUAUCAGUGAUUGCUAAUUUCUAUUUGAUAAAGAACAAUAACCUAUUUACAGCCAUUUUUAAAAUAUGUUAGUUAUAACAUAUCAAUCCAGUAGUUGGCUAUUUUACCCAGGAGUUCUUGGAUGUUUAAUUUUCUGGGUACAGAAGUGGAUGGGAGGGGAAAAGAUAACAGAAUAUAAAAGUUUGCAACAAAUCUUUUAAAAUUAAAUAUAUAAAAGUAAACGUAUUUAAGGAAAACAUUUUCUAAUGAAAUUUUAAUAGUAAUUCUAAUAAGUUGUACAAAUAUAACUACUAUACAGACAAUGAAAAAUUUUUUUUUUUUUUUUUUUUUUUUUUUACCAGAAAGUGCAUUCUCUUGGGUAUAAUCAGAAAUUGAAAUGGGACAGUGCCUUGCAGUCUUAGCCCACUGUACAUAGGCUGAGGCCAGGUUCUUUCUACCACUGCAAACUUAAAAGUUUUUCAAAUGUAGAAAAUGUGUGGAAAGCCCUGUUGAACACAGCAGAGCACCCAGGCAGAUGAAACUCUCUCAAUCGUUGAUAUGCUUUAAAAUAUCCAAUCGUGCCUCAGUGAGAAUCCUUGCCAACGAGGAGCCAGAGCGACUUUUGGCUACUUUUCUGCUCUGCCCAUCUGUCACCUUCCUGGUUUUCCCUGGCUCAGGAAGGAAGCAGCUGUUUCCUUGCCAACAGAUCCUUCCUCUCCACCUCCCACCAAACUAGGGCAUCAUCAGUUAGACCAAGGUACAGUGUGACUCGGAUUUCUGACGGUGAGCAACAACAGGACUGUGGAAUUGUUUCAGGAACCUCUGGUUAAAGCUACAGCUGGAGUUGACUGCCUUGAGGAUGUCAGUUAAUUAAGGGUCAAUGACUUGCAAGAGAAAAAUCAGUGGAGAGUCAAAUAGAUAAAUCGUUAUUUAACUUAGGUUUUGUUAAAGGUAGAAUUGUGAAAUGUUCUUUUCUUUGCCUUUUACAAUUAAGACAAAAUAUGACAAUAUUUAAUAACAAAAGUUUUUUUUUAUAUUAUACUUCCUAUAUCUUCCUUAACUUGAUAGAUAGAAAGAAUGGCAGACAAAAGGGGAAGGGAAAAAAAAAUAAAAGACUGAAAGAGAGAGCAAGACAAAGCUCUGGCUUACUUUUUUAAGUUAUAUAUUGCCUACAGAGAGUUUAACAAUUAUGUGGAAUUUUUACAACUGAGAAUAAAUGGAACUGGUCAACUUUUGACAGUUGCCUCAAGAAUUCAGUAAAAUUACGUCAAGGGUAAGAUCUUAUCCACAGGCUUAAAAUUCUCUAUUCUGGGUAAUAGUGUUCGUGUGCUCUAGGCCUGACCUUGUUCCUCAAAUUCAAAGCUAUGUAUCCAUCUUCCUGUUGGGCACCUUGACUUGCUUCCAGAGGUGCUUUAACCUCAGCAUCUCCAAAACAAAAUUUCUUAGCUUUUCAUUUAACCUGUUCUUAAAUUACCUAAAUUGAUGUCAUCACUAUCUAAUUUCCUAAACUAGAAGCCAUGGGAAGCAUCUUUGACUUUCCCUUUUCCCUCUCUGUUGCAUUCAGUUUAAUCACCAGCUCCUGUCUUCUGAAAUGAAUCUCAGCUCUCUCCCCUUUACUACGUCAGUUGCCCCUGAUCUAGCUUAAGUUCUGGCUUAAGUGAUCUACCAGCCUAUUUUCUUACAUCCAUCUUGGCCCAGUCUUCACACUGCCUCUAAAGUGAUUUUUCUAAAAUAUAAACUUGAUUUUUUUACCCUCCUGCUUAAAGCUUUAUGUGCUUCCCUAUUUCUUACAAUUCAGGGAAUGCUUUCUUUAGCCUGGCAUUUAAUAAGUUCCUUCGUGAAGUAGCCAUUCUCUAACCCAGCUUUAAUCCUCUGCUCAUCCUGUUCCAGUACACAUCCUUCUUGCUCUGCAAACACUGGACUACUUGAUAUUCUUUAAAUAUACCAUGUACUGUCAUAUGUUUGUACCUUUGUAUAGACUGUUCCCUCUCCCUAAAAUGCCAUUACUAUGCUUUUCAGCCAGGCAAAUGAUUUCUUUUUAUUGCAUGUGAAUUUACCUAUGAAAUAAUGUAUACCUGCUAAUUAUAAAUAUGUUUAAACAAUGCAGAUAUCUAUGUAGAAAAAAAUCAGUCUGCCUUUUACUGUGUAAAAUUCGUCUUCUUUUCCUAUGGGUAAUUUCUGUUAAUAAUUUGGUAUAUAUUGUAUAAGUGGUGUUACUCCGCAUUUCAAUGUAUAUAUGUAUAUAAAUUCAGGAAAC